AUGCCAUGGCUGGUACCUGAGGAUGUUCGUGGGAGUAGUCCGAAGCAGGAUGAUACCUUCAACAAGAAGGAUUCCACUCAACCCGGUAGUCACCGCGAUCAAGUUAUCCAGUGGCUCCCGUCGCUAGAAACACACCUUGCACGCAGUUGUGCUUUGGCAAGCUUGGGCGAACGGCUUCCGACGACAGUUCCUGUUGGCUUUCCAGAUCUCAUAAAAUCCGAUCGAGACUGGUCGGGUUCGAAUUUUGAAAGCGAAGGCGACUAUGUCUAUAUCCUGUCUCCAGAGGAUUUGGCAGAAAGUGAAACUGCACUUCAUUCCUUUCUAGCCUUGUCCAGCAACCCAGAUCUCGAUCAAAUCUCUCCUGAAACGUUUCCUCUUCCUCAGCUAGGAGUGAAGCUUAGGGAAUUGUCGGAGACUGUGCAUGUGGGACGAGGAUUCUGCAUUAUUAGAGGUAUUGAUCCGACACGAUACUCUCCUAUAGAAAGUAUGAUCCUAUAUGCUGGGAUCACCAGCUACAUUGGCAGCACCAGAGCAUGCCAGGAUGACAGAGGGAAUCGAGUUAUUCACAUAAAAGACCGCGGACGAGACUUUCCUGGGGUGGACCACAGGCAACCCCCAUACUCCAAUGUUGGCCAACCAUUCCAUUCCGACCACUGUGAUAUUGUUGCUCUAUUCUUCGUAGAUACCGCGGCGCAGGGCGGAUCGUCGAAGCUCGCGUCGUCUGCCAAAAUUUACAAUGAAAUUGCGGCCACUCGACCAGACGUCAUUCACAUCCUGGCAUCAAACACGUGGAAGUUCGACAACUGGGAAAUUCGGCCCAUCCUGCUGGAUUUCGGCCCCUAUGGCCCCGCGUUUUGCUUCUCACGUCGGUCCUUAACCGGGUCUCCUUAUGCCACGCGUCAGGUAGAAGUUCCGCCCUUGACCGAGCGCCAGGCAGAAGCCCUGGACCUGGUUCAGUUCACGGCAGCCAAACAUGCAUUGUCAAUGCAGUUGCAGCCAGGCGACAUCCAAAUUGUUAAUAAUUGGGCUGCCUUACACUCCCGCGAUGGCUUCACGGAUAACCCAAAGCCGGGGGGCAAGAGGCGCCAUGCCCUGCGUCUCUGGCUAAGAAAUGAAGAAAACGCUUGGCCUACCCCUGGGCCACUUGAGCACAUCUGGAAGGAGAUAUACUCGAAAGAUUCGCCGUGGGCGAAAGACCCGCACUGGGAUCUUGUUCCGCCAAUUGACUGGCAGCACGCCUCUAAGCUUGACUUCACCAGCCUAGAGAACUUCUACCACAACGUUAAUAGCGUGGCAGGCCUUGUCAAGCAGUUCUUCCGGGACCCGCCUGAGCCGCUUUUCACCUCGUACCUUCCGGACGCCCACUACGCUAUUCUGCGGGCUGUCAUCCUGCACUUGAACAAGGUCCAGGAGCACUACACCUCGAACCGCAUGAGCGCCGGUAGCCUGGCCAUCUACUUCGGACCGACCCUGAUGAGUGCUAACUCGGGAGGCAACAUCGCCGAUGCUGGCUGGCAAGUCCGCAUGAUUGAGACCAUUCUCAACAACACCUUCCAGAUCUUUGACGAUGACUAA